GGCGGUUUAUGAGACGCCGCCGGCGGGCGGGCAGCACUCAGUGUGAGGCGAGCCGUGCAGCGGGCAGGUCGCGCAGCGUGCGCCCCGUGCAGCCCUCAGCUCCCACCGUACCCCGCAGCCAGGCCGGGCCAUCAUGGCUGAUCAACUGACAGAAGAGCAGAUUGCAGAAUUCAAAGAAGCUUUUUCACUAUUUGACAAGGAUGGUGAUGGUACUAUAACUACAAAGGAGUUGGGGACGGUGAUGAGAUCACUUGGUCAAAAUCCCACAGAAGCAGAGCUACAGGAUAUGAUCAAUGAAGUAGAUGCUGAUGGCAAUGGCACAAUUGACUUUCCAGAGUUUCUGACAAUGAUGGCAAGAAAAAUGAAAGAUACAGAUAGUGAAGAAGAAAUUAGAGAAGCGUUCCGUGUCUUUGACAAGGAUGGUAAUGGUUACAUUAGUGCUGCAGAACUCCGUCAUGUGAUGACAAAUCUGGGAGAGAAGCUAACAGAUGAAGAAGUUGAUGAAAUGAUUAGGGAAGCAGACAUUGAUGGUGAUGGUCAAGUAAACUAUGAAGAGUUUGUACAAAUGAUGACAGCGAAGUGAAGACGUUGUACAGAAUGUGUUAAAUUUCUUGUACAAAAUUGUUUAUUUGCCUUUUCUCUGUUUGUAACUUAUCUGUAAAAGGUUUUUCCCUUACUGUCAAAAGAUUAUGCAUGUAUAGUAAUUAGAAGGCCAUUCCUCCAUGUUUUUCUCCUUUAUCUUACUGUCAUUGUUCUGAUUUUUGGAAAAUUGAUCUAAGUAACAAAUGUUGCAUGUGGCUUACUCUGGAUAUUUAAGCCCUUCUGCACAUCUAAAGUUAGAUGAAGUUGGUUAACUGAGGGAACAUCUGGAUUGUCUAUUAAAAAAAAGUAGCUUUCUCUAGGAAACUUGGGUAUGACUAGUGUGACAAGUUACAUAAAGUAAGCUGGGGUUUACCAGGCAUUAGCUGUUCCUUAGUUAAAGCAACAUGCUGGUUCUAGUUCUUGAGUAUGUAGGAGUUUUUUCUAUAGGAGUGUUUUCCCCUUUCUGUGGUGGGAGGAGAUAAGGCUCUUGCAGCUUAACUGUAGGAUAAAACUAUGUGAAUGGGUUAUAUCAUGUGGCUAAUGCUCUGUAAAAGUCAUUCUCCUAGCUUACUCCAAGGUAACUUGUUUGUGGCCAUACCUGUAACAUGUUGUUGAAAUGUGGAGUCUUAAUGUUGUAGACGAUUGACAGUCAACAAUAUGAAACUUAAGUUGCACUAAUGCAAAACGGGUGAUUUAUCCAGGUACUCGUACACAAGUUUUUUUUGUACUGCUGGUCCUGUGCCAGAAAACAUUUUCUCCUCUUGUUACUAUGCUUUUUAAACUUUGUUUAGCCACUUAUUUUCAAAAAAAUCUGCUUAUGGCACGAUUUGCCUCAAAUCCAUUCCAAGUUGUAUAUUUGUUUUCCAAUAAAAAAUUACAAUUUACCCAUA